CCGGUAACAUUUCGCUGCCGUCAUCCCUUCCCUGAUGCGUUUUUCUUUCUUUAUUAAUUUGCUCUCCGGCGAAACCGCCAUGUCUUCCAUGAAGAACAAUGAAGAAGAAAGCUCCUGUAACACUAGGCCGCAGCCUUAUCUGGUUCAGCUGGAAGCUCGUCAUCACCUUCUCUGUUGCACUUUGCAUUCUCACUCUUAUCAAGUUUCAUUCGUCUUCCCGGAGCGACCUCGCAUCUGCCUCUUUAUCACGUCGUUUGCGACCUUCUCCUGACACGUUUUCUGCCCGCCCUAAGAUUGCUUUCUUGUUUCUCACUCGUCGAAAUCUCCCGCUUGAUUUUCUUUGGGGAAGCUUCUUUGAGAAUGGCGACGUUGCGAACUUCUCGAUUUACAUUCACUCGGCACCUGGAUUUGUGUUCGAUGAAUCGACGACUAGGUCGCAUUUCUUUUUUGGACGGCAAUUGACGAAUAGCAUACAGGUGGCCUGGGGAAAAUCAAGUAUGAUUGCUGCAGAGAGGUUGUUACUUGAAGAAGCGCUUGAGGAUCCUGCAAACCAGAGAUUUGUUCUUCUAUCAGACAGUUGCGUUCCACUGUACAAUUUUGGAUAUAUAUACAGCUAUCUCAUGGCUUCCCCAAGGAGUUUCGUGGACAGUUUUCUUGAUGGAAAGGAGGGUCGCUAUAACCCAAAAAUGUCACCUACUAUACCCAAGGGCAAAUGGAGAAAAGGGUCGCAGUGGAUCAGUUUAAUUCGUAGUCAUGCAGAAGUAAUUGUGGAUGAUGAUAUUAUAUUCCCAAUUUUUGGCUUAUUCUGCAAGCGAAGGCCACCUGUGGAUGGCAGCAAAGGAAAUAUGAAUAUUAAACUUCAAAAGCAGCACAACUGUAUUCCAGAUGAACACUAUGUCCAGACAUUGCUCGCUUUAAAUGAUCUUGAAGAUGAACUUGAACCAAGAACAUUAACUUACACGCUAUGGAAUGAGUCAAACACUAAAAUGGAGAACAAGGGCUGGCAUCCUAUUACGUUUAACUAUGCUAAUGCUGGACCUCGGCAGAUCAAGGAAAUAAAGGGAAUCGACCAUGUCUACUAUGCGUCUGAAUCGAGGACGGAAUGGUGUCGAAAUAAUUCGACUUUUGUUCCUUGUUUUCUAUUUGCCAGAAAAUUUUCCCAGGGAGCUGCCAUGCGGUUAUUAAGCUUGGGAAUUGUGAGUCACUUUGAUGCCUCAGCAUUACUAGAUAAAAAGACCAACUAACUUAGAACUACCAUUCAUCAUGAUCAUCACCUAGUUAAAGCAUUAAAUAUUAUAUACUUUGUUUCUUUUACUAUAAAUGUUGUAAGAUGAGUCUAUCUUGAAAUUAAGUUAAAAUUGUAUUCUUGGUGUUCAAAAGAAAACUAGGUUUGAUAGUUAGAUCAAAAUGGAUCGUAAAAGAAAGAGCUUCCUCUGCUCAUGGUGUGUGCCUGCAUUGUCAGCCAAUUUAGAAGAGGCUUCCAAAGACUGGCCGGUACGUGUGAAAAGAUGGUUACCAUACUGAUACUUGUGAAUUUAACACUGAUGUAAUAUAGUGACUUUGUUGAGAAUAUUA